AUGAAUUCGCUAUAUCAGAAUCCUCGUGAAGCUCGGUUACUAUUUGGUCGUGGACUCCAGGCUGGAAUAGAUUGGAAGGAGCAGAAAAAGCUCUUGGCAAAGACUGAGAAGAAGAUUCGUGAGGAGAUCAGGAAGAAAGAGGGCGUCGAAGAGACACGCGAGGAAGCUGCUGCUCAGAAGAAAAGGAAAAAGGCUACUGAUUUUGGAAAGCUCGCUAAGCAAAUUGAGAACGAGACCGCAAAGUUUGCAAAAUAUCUGGGCAUUGACGUUGUUUCUAUUGUUGGUGGGCAAUCCAUUGAAGAGCAAUGCAUUAGAAUUGGGCGUGGGUGUGACGUUUUGAUUGCUAUACCUGGACAUCUUCUUGAUUUCUUGGAGAGGCGGUACCUGGUUCUUAAUCAGUGUCACUAUGAGAUUCUGGAUGAGUCUGAUCGUAUGAUUGAUAUGGGUUUUGAACCUCAAGGCUCAAGUUGUAGGUAUAUUAGAUGCAAUGCCUUCAAGUAA